AUCAGCCCGUGUACUCAGUCUGAAGUCAACGCCGGAAGGGAACGGUUCGCGAGUGUGCUGUUUGAAAAGUGGAAAUUUUGGGUUUCGGAAAUUAUUCACGAAUUUUCGGCGUACGAAAAAGUAGCAGCAGUGGAAAGUGUGUACAAAGUUUGACCGUGUUCUAAAAUUAGCCAAAGGAAAGGCAAGAAAAGAUCCAGUGUGGCAAGCAAACUUCCGGUGGUGGUGGUGAUCCGGAAGGCACCCCGUCCAAAAUGAACCCCGCGGACAAGGCCGAGCUGGUGAAGAAGCUGACCCCUCUGCAGUACCACGUGACGCAGGAAGCCGGGACGGAGCGGCCCUUUACGGGCAAGUACAACAAGUGCUACGACCGGGGCACGUACGUUUGCGUCGUUUGCAGCCAGGAACUGUUCAGCUCGGACACCAAGUAUGACUCUGGCUGCGGGUGGCCCGCGUUUAACGACGUUCUGGACAAGGGCAAGGUGACGCUUCACGCCGAUGCCAGCUUAGCCGGCGGCAAUCUCCUAUUGUUAAUCACACAACCAGGCCGCGUGCGGACCGAGGUCCGGUGCUCCAAGUGCGGUGCCCACAUGGGUCACGUGUUCGAGGAUGGGCCGCCGCCGACGCGGAAGCGGUACUGCAUCAAUUCGGCCUCCAUUGAGUUUCUCGAGGCCGGAACGGAACGUCGGGACCCGCCAUCGAGCUAGAGGAAAGAGGAGUGCUCCGAGUAAAUGUGUUAUCCUCCGGAAUGUCGUCUACGAGUGCGAGAGAUAUAGAGAGUCCGCAGUACAAAAGCCUUUGAGAUGUUUGUCGAUGAAUUAGAGCACAACCAUUCGUCCUCUCACGGGCAUCACCACUGUUGAGCGUUAUAAUACUUUCAUUGUUUUUGAUCGUCUUUGAGAAAUUAGUAUGUGCGGUAAACCUCGACCUCGGUUCAGAAGAAGGCCAACCAAUCAGGUAAUUGAUGUGCUGUAAAUUUUGUCCAUGUUCUUUGCUGUAAUUCUCACGAUUUCAAAACUGCUCCGUGAAGACUAACCCGUAGAUAUUUAUUAAACCUCACAAAACUUAUGAAUAAAAAAAAACUACACGCUGAUUUGUGUGUAGGGUAGCAGAAGACAAGCCGGACUUGAUGAGAGUAAGUGGUAAGGUGCAAAGAAAAUACAAUCGAUCCAAUGAAUCGAACCUGUGUGGGAACUCCAACCUCCAUAGCGCGUGCAGUCUUCGGUUGCAAAUAAAACGUUUUAUUGUAUCAGUUUUUAGAA